ACGCACCCUUCACGGAGGUAUCUUAUCUGUUUAUGCUUAGCAAUUGGGUUUGGCUGUGGCAGUGAGAUGCCCCGGAGGGUUCAUGGUCCUCUGAACUGUCCUUCUGUUGCGAGGGACUGAAGGGAGGUUGGUGAGUCCAUUGCAUUCAAGGGGGAGUAGGUAUACUUUCUUUCGUCCGUGCCUGUGCGGGUAGAGGACCUGUGGAUCGAAGCUUCGAGAAACUUCUAGAAGGUGUGCAGACCGGAAGGGGUCCGUGUAUUUGGUCAUGAAAACCUCCCAGUGGAAAGUUCGAGAUGGCUAAGAACGUGGUUUCUGGAAGCAGCAGCGGGGUUAAGGAGGGAGUUAGUGAGUGGAAGCCGAGGGGUCAGGGAGUAGAAGCCAGGUAGUGAGGGUGUUCCUGUGGAACCUGUGCUAGGGGGUUAACCGAUCGAGCCCGCAUCCAAAAAAACGACGUAAGCGAGCCAACACCCGUGUACCCCUGGGAUAUAAGACUCAUUCCGCUGAAUUUAGUCGAGGCAUACACCGCGUCGAAGUGAAGCGUGUGGGGACGGGUGUAGUGAUGGCGACCAGCGUUUGGGGCCCGAAUUGUAGCGGCCGCAUAUAAACAAAGGACUCUUAACCACGUGCGGCUCGAUAAGGAUCGGUGCUUCGAACCCAGGAGUGGAUCGGUACUUCGAACCCAGGAGUUCAAGAUAGCGGCGGCUGGACAAGAAAAGUGACAUCGAGCAACGCUGCAGUGUAAAGGACGAACCAGGCAACAGAUCGAAAGACUUGCAUCGUGAGGACAACCCGAUUCAUCUAAAGGAGAAUCAACCCCGGCGAUCUUCAGGUCAGGUUGGUGGAAAGUGAAAGUGACAGAGACAGACUAGGAUUGUUAAUAAUCAGGGAAGGUAUGAUUACUCGCAGAUAUUUGAGAAACAAAAGGGUAAUUGGAGACAAUAGUGAAGAAGGUGAAAUGAUGGAUGAGGAGACGACGCAGUUAGAAGGCGUAAUUAUAGGUGAGAGUGGGGGAGAUUCAGAAGGAGAAAUGGACAUGCAGUGUGGUCAACCGACAGAAGGGGACACAGGUGGAAUCAGUGAGAGUAGGGGAGAACAACUGACGAGUGCUGACAAAAAGGGUAAAGACGACCAAAUAGAUAUGCAAGCAAUAAUGUCAUGUAUGAAGGAGAUGUUCCGGGAGAUUAGAGAGAAUAGGAAGGAGAGUGAAGAGAUUAGAGAGGAAUUUAGGAAGGAGGGUGAAAGGAGAGCAAAGGAAUUUAAUGAAAGGUUGGAGAACAUAUUUGUGGUACACAAGCGCGAGAUGCUGUCAUCCAUGAAUCAGAUCGCGAGUGACGUAGAACUGAGGACAGAUCGGAAGAUGGAAGCAAUGAAUAGGGAAAUUAGCCUAAUAACAGAGAGCACCAACGGACAGUUUCGAGCACUGACCGAGAAAGUGCAGAAUGAUAAAAUUGAAACUACUAACAAUUUUGAAAUCUUGAGACAGGAAGUGACAGCAUCUCACGCUCAGCUGGCUAAGCAGUCUGAGAACAGGUGUGAGAGGGUAAAUCAAUGCGAGAAACGAGUGGCGGAAAUUGAACAGGCUAGCGGACAUAUUAGCAAGCAGUAUGAUGUUGUCAGUAAGCAAUAUGAUGAAUUGAGGACCCAAGUUGAUCUAAUGAAAAAUCAGAAACGAGUAGAAAGUAAGAAUAAUUGUGAAGAAGUUCAAUGUAUGGGGAUUAAUAACCGCCAAUCGGAUUCUAGGAUUGAAAAGACCCUCUCAAGCUCAGACAUUAUGAUUACUCAUGUUAAUGAACCGAUAAGUAAUGAAGUUUCAUGUAAUGGUUCUAAUCCUCACAAUGACGUCAAUAAUCAGGAGAAAGUGUGGAGUGGCAACCCUGGAGAAUUUGUCAGAGGGAUCCUCAGUCACCCCGUAGAUCUCACAUUACCAAUAUUCGAAAACAAACCGGACCAAAACGCCCAGGCGCAUUUGAAUUCCUUAGGCGAAUACAUACAAAUUAAGAAAAUUCCUCCACCGCUUCAGUUAGCUGUAGCGCGACAAUCUUUAAAAGGAAUUUCAGUCAUGACGUGGGCUGAUGCUAAUUGGGAUCAAAUUAAAACGUUUGAGGGAUUCCGCAGAGCUUUCCUGGACAAAUUCUGGAGCCUCUCAGGUCAGGCAAGGGUUCGACUCCGGAUCUAUCAGGAUAGAUACGACCCGCGAGGCGCAGCGAACUACUGUGACCAUCUUAUGAAGUACGCUGUGAAAGCUAAAUACCUAGAACCUCCGAUGUCCAACCUAGAAUUCUUGAAUGCCCUCAAAGAACAUUAUCCCCUCGGGGUAAAGAAGGCCUGGGUAGUAGCAAAACCUCAAACUCUUCAGGGGUCCGUGUAUUUGGUCAUGAAAACCUCCCAGUGGAAAGUUCGAGAUGGCUAAGAACGUGGUUUCUGGAAGCAGCAGCGGGGUUAAGGAGGGAGUUAGUGAGUGGAAGCCGAGGGGUCAGGGAGUAGAAGCCAGGUAGUGAGGGUGUUCCUGUGGAACCUGUGCUAGGGGGUUAACCGAUCGAGC